UCCCCGCCCUUCCCGCGGGCACAGCUGUGGAGCGGGUGGAGGCCGAGGUGCGGAGUGGCGGGAUUGGAAGGAAGCAGUGCUGAGCUUGGCUUCGGGGCGGCGGGAGCCGGUGGUGGCCCGGCGACGAGGGCUAGAGGUGGCGGGGCCCGGCGAGGCCACGAUGAAGCCGAGCAGCGAGGACGAGGCGGCGCCCGCGGGGGGCCCUUGGGAGGAGUGCUUCGAGGCGGCUGUGCAGCUGGCGCUGCGGGCGGGACAGAUCAUCAAAAAAGCCCUUUCUGAGGAAAAACGUGUCUCCACAAAAACAUCAGCUGCUGACCUCGUGACAGAAACAGAUCACCUCGUGGAAGAUUUAAUUAUUUCUGAGCUGCAGAAAAGGUUUCCUUCACACAGGUUCAUCGCGGAAGAGUCUGCAGCCGCCGGGGCCAAGUGCGUGCUUACCCCCAGCCCUACCUGGAUCGUCGACCCCAUUGACGGCACCUGCAACUUCGUGCAUAGGUUUCCCACCGUGGCAGUAAGCAUCGGAUUUGCUGUUGACCAAGAGCUCGAAUUUGGAGUGAUUUACCACUGCACAGAGGAGCGGCUGUACACGGGCCGGAGGGGCCGGGGCGCCUUCUGCAAUGGCCAGCGGCUCCAGGUCUCCAGGGAGACAGACAUCUCCAAGGCCUUGGUUCUCACGGAAAUCGGCCCCAGACGUGACCCUGCCACCCUGAAAUUGUUCCUGAGCAACAUGGAGAGGUUACUUCACGCCAAAGCUCACGGGGUCCGAGUGAUCGGGAGCUCCACCUUGGCGCUCUGCCACCUGGCCUCGGGGGCUGCAGACGCCUACUACCAGUUUGGCCUGCACUGCUGGGACCUGGCCGCAGCCACAGUCAUCAUUAGAGAAGCGGGUGGCAUUGUGAUGGACACUUCGGGUGGACCUCUCGACCUCAUGUCUUGCAGAGUGGUUGCUGCGGGCACCCGGGAGAUGGCGACACUCAUAGCUCAGGCCUUACAGACCAUUAACUACGGGCGGGAUGAUGAGAAGUGAAGGGAAGCAGAGAGGGGCAGAGAAAUGCGACCCCCGGCCGGGCCUUCCCGGGAAUGCUGGGGCUGGCGGCGAGUCCCAGGGAAGACGCUGCCUCGAGUGGCCUGCACGCGUCAAGUGUCCCUGACAAGCCCCGGAGGGAGGUGUUUGGCUAACGUAUGUGGCUUUCUGGUUAAAUCCACGCCUUUUACCCGGAUUCGGUGUGUAGCUGGUGUCUCUCUCUAAUCUCACAUAGCCUUUUUCAGGCUAGUGCAAGUACUUCUAUCAGAGCCAAAAUCCCAGUCUCGGAUAUGGUGUAUGUAUUAAAAAUUCAGUCUCAAUUUUUUUCCUCCAGAAUGUAAAUCUCAGGUAAUAAGGCUUUAGAACUGCUGAUAAAGCGGACUUGUUCUCAGGCCCUCCCCCACGGUACUUCAGAAUGCAAUAAAUCAAAACAAUGGCA